GAAUGACGAACCUGUAAUACAAACGCGAAUCACCGGGGAGAUGAUGCCUCAAGCGAUGACACCUCUCACACUAGACGCAUUCGUCACUAACGUCGCCGGGAUGGGACAGAUCAUGCGGUGGCCAUCGGGAAUUACUGCGGAUACGUACAUAGACGUGUUCGGAUCAACCUUCUGCAAACAUUUUUUCCUGAACAUGUACAGCGGAAUAUACUCCGGGAAUGAGUACACAAUGGGAUCGGAUACAAAAAGCAUGAAGAAUACUAUGGAUAUUUUACUGUUUGGAGGCUCCACGGGAGACGAAUACUUGGAAGGAAUUCACAAGCGCUACCAAACCACCUAUGUCCCGUGGUACAGAAAGAUUUUAGGAGUUCUCUGUGUGUAUACAGACGCAUUCAGCACUAAGCGCAACCUGAAGCGAAGUAACACCAUUGUUAGAAGCAUCAGCACGGACUUCAAAACCACUGACCCACUCACGUUACAUCGCCAAAUUGAGGACUUAUUAAGGAUAAGUUCUGGGGCCUGGUACAGCCACGUUCAAGCCUCGAAUGUAUCUAACAUAACGAGUCAUAUUGUCACACAAGUUGUGAAGAAGAAAGACUCAGAACACUCCGAAGUGAUGUCAGAUGUUGCAUUGCUGCUAGCUACCUGCACAGACGUAAUCAGUGCAGACGUUCCAGCUUCCCUCCGAAAGAUGGCGAUAGCAGUAGUAGACUGCGGCAAAGCGGAGCUUUUCCAGUCACUGACACCUGAGGAGGCGGUUGAUUGGCUCAGAUCAGACGAGAGCGGCAGAUUGAAGCAGGAUUUUGCCACGUUUAUCGAGAUUCACGGACAUAGAUGCGUGCGCGAGUCGGAACUCUCAGAAAAAACGUGGGCAAUGGAGCCAGCAAAAGUUGUACGAACCAUACAGGAUAUGACGAAAUCUGAUCAUCAGUUGAGGGAAACAAAAAAGCAAAUGACAGAAGAUGAAGCGCUUGAUAACAUUAAAUCCACGAUUGGUCCCAUCAAAAAAAAAAUCUUACGAUUCCUCUUACCGUAUGCACGAGCCGCAGUUGGCUUUCGGGAAAAUGGGAAAAGUUUGGCCAUCAAAUCCAUGGACAUUUUGCGUCAAGCAUACCUUAGACUGGCUCAGCUGCUUGUGAACGAGGGCCGUCUACCGGAAAAGGAAUUAAUCUUUUACCUCAAACACGAGGAAAUAGCAGAGCUGAUAAAAACCCGAUCCGCCAGACUCAUCAACAAAGCAGUUCGACUAAGAAAGAUGAUGCCAGCCCUGAUGGCAAUGGAGUUCCAAGAGCUUAUCACGGGCUAUCCAACGCCUAUCGAAGAUGGUGACACGAUAGACGUUCCUACAACAGGGGAGCUGAAAGGUAUGCCCGUCAGUCAUGGUGUUAUACGAGCAAAAUGUAGAAUUGUGAAAUCUCUGGAUGAGGCAAACAGCAUUGAGCAAGGCGAGAUCCUCAUCGUGGCCUACACGGACAUCGGUUGGUCACCUUACUUCCCCCUGGUGUCUGGUCUGUGUACUGAGAUGGGUGGCCUAAUGUCUCAUGGAGCCGUAAUUGCAAGAGAGUAUGGGCUUCCAUGCAUCGUCUCUGCCAAGAAAGCUACACAUAUCUUUAAAACAGGUGAGGAAGUGAUACUGAAUGGAACAUUGGGCACCAUAUCAAAGGUUAUUCAUAUAACCCAGGAGGAAGAAGCAACAGAGUAAUGAAGAAUAUGCACAGUCAAGUAAAUAGGGUUAAUGAGGAAGUUGCGGGAUUGACUAAUAUGUCAAUACUAGCUACCCUGACGCUUGGUGUGAUACAAAUAACAAUAGACUAUAAAUACAGUCAAAUUCGGCCUCUAUAAUUAUCUUGAAUCCGGUGCAUCAACAUUUGUAUAAGAGUUUUCCACCUUACAGGAUAGGGCGCUCUCCUAAUUAUAAACACAGGUUGACUACUGAAAAAUUAAUUCACAGAUGUACGCUGAGAUACACUCUAACCAAAAAUAUAUAAAAAAUAAAAAAUAAAUAUUUUAAAUGCAUAAACUUCGAUAGAUUGGAUGAUAAAUAGUUGGUGUUAUGUGUGAGAUUUUAGUCAACAUGUUAAUUAAUAAAUAAUUUCGUCAAAUUUGGUUUCAAA